UAAUAGUGGUGUCGGCGUCGCGACGCUUCAGUUCCACGUCGUUGUACCACGGGGAAAGUCGACGCUUGCACUAGGAAACGCGCCAAACAUAUACGAGUGCCGCGUAUGGAAACAUGAUUACAUUUUGCAAAAUGCUGAAACUGGUCUGGUCUUGCUUAGUAUUCAGCGCUGUGGUCGGCAGCAGUCGUCUCCAGUGCAACAGGACCCUGGAAGGAGUCUCGCCGAAACCAAAUCCUGGUCACUUCCAAAUUGAAAUCUCCGGAAACCCCGCCACUUACGUUCCGGGAGAACAAUACACCGUAUUUUUACGCGCGACAACUGACGAAAAAUUUGCCGAAUUCAUGUUAAGCUUCGAAAAUGAAAAACGCAAAUCUCCGAGUCCCUCAAUCCAAUUAUACGGCGAUUCCUUGACGAAAUUCAGUGAGGAAUGUUCCAGUACUGUAAUCUCGGCCGAUUCACAGUCCAAAACCGAAAUCCAGGUAUUGUGGCUGGCUCCGGCUUCCGGGACCGGUUGUGUUACAUUCAAGGGGGCUGUCGUCAUUUCCGAUGAGGUGUGGUACGGGGAAGAUGGGUCUCUCACUAAAACACUAUGUGAAAAUUUGCAAGAGAGCGAUAAUAUCCAGCCCGUUAUUCUCAAGCACUGUUGUGCGUGCGACGAAGCGAAAUACGAGGUGACUUUUGAGGGCCUCUGGUCGAGAAACACUCACCCGAAGGACUUUCCCUCCAACGGAUGACUAACCCGCUUCAGCGACAUCAUCGGGGCUUCACACACCGUGAAUUACACCUUUUGGAGAUACGGCGAUAUUGCCAGCGAAGGCCUUCGACAACUGGCAGAAAAUGGCAACACAAGGAUGCUCGAAAGCGAAUUAAAAGCAAAGAGCGAUCACAUAAGAACCAUUAUUAAAGCGCGAGGUAUAAGUUAUCCGAAUAUUACAGGGAAAACAUUUGCGGUGUUCAGGGUUGACAAUCGACACCAUCUUAUGUCUAUUGUCUCAAUGAUUGAUCCUUCGCCCGACUGGAUUGUCGGAGUUUCUAGUUUGGAGUUGUGUCUACGGAAUUGUUCUUGGGUAGAAUCAAAGAUAUUGAAUUUGUACCCGUGGGAUGCGGGCACCGAUGAUGGAAUAACAUACAUCUCCCCUAAUCAGCCAUCCUCGCCUCGCCAGCCCAUAAAACGCAUAACAGCGACCAGUCCAAAAGAUCCUCGUUCCCCAUUUUACGACAAAAGCGGUGCCGAGAUGAAACCUCUAGCCCGACUCUAUUUGUCCCGUCAACGCCUCUAUGAGAAAUUAUGCGACCCCUCGAUCGCCGAAGACUACGACGACAGCGACGGCUGCGAGACCGAGGAGUGGUCCGAUUGGUCCCCGUGCUCGGCCACCUGCGGCCGCGGGGUCAAAUACAAGCAACGUCGAUACAAAAAUGAGGAAAGCAAAUACGUCUGCCACAAGAAACUGACUGAACGUGCAGGAUGCGAAGCUGUGCAGAAAUACUGCCCGCACCAGCCGGUGCGCGAGGUGCAAGACCCCAAGUGCGUGCUGGGGGAAUGGAGUGAGUGGUCCAGCUGCAGUGUCACCUGUGGGAGAGGCACCAAGACGCGCGAUAGGAAGUACAAGAAUAGACUUGCGGCGAAGAGUUGCGCCGCGUCGAAGGUUAAUCCCCCGAAGCUGCAGGAAAACUUGGAGUGCUACGGGGAGGGAAAGUGCGAUGAUUUGGAAGAGGAAGUGGUGGAUUGUCCGCAGAAACCCUGGAGCGAGUGGUCGCCUUGUUCGGUGACUUGUGGUAAAGGGUUUAAAGUGAGGUAUAGACUGUCUUUACAAUCGCAGAAUUGGCCGUUUGUUCCCAAUUCGGGAAGUUACGACGAAACCGAGGAAUUUGAUGAGGAUGAUCCGUGUAGCCACCAGAAAGUUAAGGAGACGGUAGAAUGCUUCCAGAAGUCGUGCGAACACGAGGAAGAGCUGCCCGAGAAAGGCUACGUUUGCAGUUUGCCCAAAGACGUCGGGGCGUGCAAAAGCAACACUGAUAGAUGGUACUUCGACAACAUUAAGGGAAAUUGCGAGAUAUUUAGCUACAGCGGUUGUGAUGGAAAUUCAAACAAUUUCAAAACCCUCGAGCAGUGUCAGAAAGUUUGUGCGGACUACCAAAAAGAAUUAAUCGCGAACCUUACGGCUCAUAAACGCCAACUCGACGUAACAAUUUCGGGGGUUCUUUCUUACAACGUCCAGAACGACGCAAUCAAUGCGCCCUCGCAUCGACCCUACACUCAGAUAAAAGUAAUUAAUUCGACAGACUGCGUUCUUACCAAGUGGUCCAGCUGGAGCCACUGCAAUAUCACAGGGCAUUGUGGUAACGGAUAUAGGACGAAAUAUAGACAAAUCAAAGUUCACCCGGCUGAUGGCGGGAAGCCGUGCUCCAAGAGAUUAACGAAGAAGAAAAAAUGUCACGUUUUAUGCACCAACGAUUUGAAAACCAAAUACAAUUUUAAUACUUUUGAUAACAUUAGGGUCGAUUGCGUCAUGUCGCCGUGGACGAAUUGGACCAAGUGUGACCCUAGAUGUUUCAAAGAACAGUUCCAAGAAAGGUACAGACGCGUGCUCGUACAUCCCACCCCCAACGGGACACCCUGCUCUGCGAAAGUCGAAAAAAGGCGUUGUUUUUGCAAAGGACACUACUAAUUUUUUACUGCAUAUCAAGGGCAACGAACAGUUGAAAUUAGAUAUAAUUAGAAUUUAUUUAGUAAAAAUUGUGACAAUAACAAAGAUAUCAAAUAAAUUUCAGUCACUUUAUGUAAAAAGUACCAAGAUCGUUUACAUAUUUCAAUUUUAAUCUUUUCUAGAGGUAGAUUUAAUUGUAACAUUUAUUUAUUUAUUAAAUUUUUGUAAUCUGAAUGGAAUUAUUCCUCUAAUAAAAACAUUUAAAUUUU